AUGUCGUCAAAUCCAAUUUUCGACAUUUAUCGAAAGCCCACUUUCGAUGAGACCAUUAAAAAAUAUGAAGUGCACACCUAUUACCCGUACGUAAAAUCGUUCAAUAACAAUGAUUCCAUUGAAAUUACUAUAAACAAAUCAGACUCGUGGUUGUUGAUGCACGAGGCCGCCAUUGUUAUUGCGGGAACGUUGGAAAAAACUGCCGGAGAUGGAGCCGUUCAACUUGUCAAUAAUGCCGGCGCUUUUCUAUUCGAUAGAAUUACUUAUUCCAUAAACGGUCACGAGGUGGACAGUGUACGUGAUCCGGGCAUUGUAAGCACAAUAAGGGGGUAUCUGUGCUACGAUUCCAUCGAAUCGAAACAUUUGUGCAUAGCAGGAUGGAAUUUUCCUGCGGCACCAAUUGUCAAUACUAGUGAUGGGUCCUUUGUUAUGCGAAUACCGCUGCACCAUCUUUUAGGGGUAUUUAACGAUUAUCAGUUGGCACAAUUCGGCCGACAAACAAUACAUCUUGUCAGAGCCCGCAGUGAUAAUGAUUGCUUUAUUACUAUAGAUGAGUCAGGUGCUACGACAGAAACCGUUGGUAAACUGACGAUAAAAGAUGUUUCUUUAAAAGUACCAAUUUUAUUCCCAAACGAUGUACUUAAAUUAAAUCUUUUGGAAGCAAUAAAAUCCGAUCGACCAAUCAUAAUUCCAUUUCGAAAGUGGAAUUUUAACGAACUACCGCAGUUGACUGCGAACGGUAGAAAGGAAAUUUGGACUGUGAAAACAUGUACUGCUCUCGAGAGUCCUCGUUAUAUUAUUGUUGCGUUUCAAACAGGUCGAAGAGGUGUGUCCAAGAAGGAUCCCGGGUACUUUGAUAACAUUGAUUUGUCCGAUGUUCGAAUAACCUUAAACGGUGAUUACUAUCCGGUGGAACGUAUGCAACUCGAUUUUUCCAAAAAUCAUUUUACCGAAGCACAUUACAACUAUACAGAAUUUAAAAACAAUUUUAAAAAUGAUCAUUCGCUCCCUAAGCAUCCCCUGUUGGAUUAUGUAUCGUUCAAAAAUCACGCUAUAUUCGUGAUAGAUUGUUCGCGACGAAAUGAACCCUUAAAGUCGAGCACCGUAGACGUGAAAAUUGAUAUCGAAGCCAAUUCGGAUUUCCCACAUUCUACGAAAGCAUACUGCAUCAUCAUUCAUGAUUGUAUUGUUGAGCACAUGCCACUCAGUGAAAUUGUGCGCAACUUGUCGUAG